AUGUCGCUGCGCUUUGAAGCGGAGAAGCUGUCCUUCGAAGACGCGCAGGUGACGACCCAGCAGAGUGUGACCUCCGAGAGCAACGGGGGCUUGGGAGGUACGUUCUCAAGCAGGAGCUCAACCACUCUUGCAAGGUCCAACGUGACGGUGAUGGGAGGCAGGGCGCUGCAGGGUGGUGGUUGUGCUGCUGGGGGUGACGUUGUUCUCGCGGCAAACUCAAGCCUCCACGUCGUGGGCACGGCGGCUGUGGAGGGCGGCGCCCUCUUCGCCGCGGGGUCGCUGCGACUUCGUGGCCAGUCCACCAUCUUCAUCGAAGGGGCCACUUCGUCGAAGAACGGCGGAGGCUUGCUGGCGCAGGGGGAGGUUGACGUCAAGGAGAGGUCGCUGAUCCAAGUUCGGCGUACCAGAGCUUCGGGAUCAGGAGGGGGUUUCCUCGCAUACGGGGGCGUGAUCGUGGCCAAUGCCCGGGUCGACCUCGAUGCCACGGAUGCCCUGAGACAUGGUGGUGGCAUCGCCAGCAACAAGAGUGUACUCAUUACGGACUCUUCGACCGUGCGUGUGCGGGGAGCCCGAGCAGGAAUGAGAGGAGGCGGCAUCGACGCUCUGGCGGGAGAGGUGGUGGUGCUUCACAGCUCGAGGGUCGACGUCGAGAACGCCACGGCCGAGGCACAUGGAGGAGGGAUCUACACUCCCUUUGGGCUCCUCGUGGGUGACAGGUCUCAGCUGACGAUCGCCAACAGCCACUCGGUGAAAGGAGCCGGCGGUGCUCUGGCUUUUGACAGCUUGCGAGUGGACGGAUCGGUGAUCAGAGCUCAGAACGUCUCAGCCAUAAAGGGUGGGGCACUUGCCGGAAAAGGCAAGGGAGUCAACGUAACAAACAAAUCUGCCGUCCACAUCCUGAGCGCAAAGGCAGGUUCCGCGGGAGGUGGCUUGUGGGCCGAGCGUGGGGAAGUUCUCGUUGCCGGCCGUUCAAGCAUCGUCAUUUCGGAAAGCCAUACUACGGGCUCAGGAGGCGGUGUCUACGCUUCAAAGCUGGUGCUGGAUAGGGCAGAGGUAACCAUUCAGGCAACGUCGGCCAGAAUCUCAGGGGGUGGCUUUUUUGCAUGUGGCUGUAGCUCGACAUUGGCAGAUCAAGACGUGGUGGUUGUUGCCAACAGCUCGAAGCUCAUGAUUGCAGACGCCAGGGUGGAGAGUAGCGGCGGAGGGUUCGGGGCGCGCGGACGCGUCGUGAUUUCAGAGAGUUCCGAAGUCACAGUGUUGGAAGGCCGGGCGCAAUUGGGUGGAGGCUUCGCCGCAGCUGGCUUGCAUGUGUCCGAUGCUUCCAUCCGACUUGCCCGUUGCUCGGCGAUGGUUUCUGGAGGAGGCUUCACAGCGGAGGGAGAGGUUGUGAACAUCUCAGGUUCCUCGGUCACGAUUGAAAGUGCCAUGGCCGACCAGGGUGCUGGGUUCUUUGCCGCCUGGGCAGAUGUCACCAUCGCCCGAUCCAGGCUGGCAGUCGUUAAGGCUCAGGCGAGCUUUGGAGCGGGCUUCUACGUAGGACGGCUCCGGGCAUCGGGUGCAGAAAUCAGCAUCGAGCAGGCUUCAGCUACGCGUCAGGGAGGUGGUGUCUAUGCCAGGCCCCUGCGCAAUGGAGUGGCUCAGCCAGAGUCCGAGGCGGUGGUCGUCACCGGGAGAUCAAAGGUUUACCUUCGAGAUGUUGCCGCCCAUGAGGAGGGGGGAGGACUUGCUGCGAUUGGCAAAGUGAUGGUUGCUGGCAGGUCCGUGCUGACGAUUCUCAAUGGCCAUUCUCUCAAAUCAUCUGGGGGAGGGAUGCUGCUUCAAACCACGCUAGAGCUGCUUGACGGAUCUAUGCUCAGGCUUCGGAACACGUCAGCUGCACAGAAUGGAGGAGCCAUUUCAGUUUAUGAAGAUGUGCGAGUUCUCAAUUCUUCCAGUAUCGUGAUUCGCAAUGCAACAGCAGGUUCUGGUGGUGGUGGUGGGAUUCAUGCACCGAACGGACAGACUGUGGCCAGCAGCCGCUCCAGGAUAUCAGUUUCUGACGGUCUCGCAACCUGGGGAGGGGGCUUGUUCACAAAGAGCUUACAGCUUCACGAUGCAACGGUGAGCAUCCGGAGGUGUUCCGCCAAAGGAAAUGCAGGAGGCUUUCACAGCGCUGGCGGAGUGCAAGCGACACAGAGCUCUGCAAUCAGGAUCCAGAAUGUCACGAGUGGUCGACGAGCUGCCGGUUUCUAUUCUGGCGGUGCUGUGGAAGUUGCCGACGGCUCGGAGAUCAGCGUUCAGAAUGCUGUAGCUGCGGCACAGGCUGGAGGCUUUGAGGCACAUGGACCGGUGCUAGUGGCCAGAGAUUCCAGGCUUUUUUUCCGGAACUGCAUUGCAACAGCGGGAAAUGGCGGAGGCUUCAUGGUUCAGAUGACAGUGAUGAAGAUUGGCGUGCCAGUGCGGGUGGUUGCCAACUCAUCAGUUCGCAUGGACAAUGUUGCAGCCGGGAAUAUUGGGGCAGGACUAUACACUGAAGGUGAUGUUUCCGUCCUUGGCAGCUCAAAUAUCACGAUUCAGAACGGCGUCGCCGACUCGUGCGGAGGCAUCCGUGCCGGCGGAAAGCUCUUGGUAUCCAACGGCUCAGCGGUCGAAGUGGGGAAUUCCACCGUCAAGACAUCUGCGGGGGGGCUUUACGCUUCUGCCUUGGCCGUCACGUUGCAGUCCCGGAUGUCGAUUUCUCAGUGUGUGGCCGUGGCAGGGCAUUCAGGCGGCUUCUGGACAGGAAGCCUGCAGGUGAGCCAGGGGUCCAUAAUCAGAGUCAGAGAAACCAAAGCCUUGGUGGAUGCCGGGGGUUUCACGGCAAGGGAUGGUGUGGAGGUCGCCAGCCACUCCAGAGUGUGGAUUUCUGACAGCCAUGCUCUCAAAGGCUCUGGUGGCGGGCUGCUUGCUGCGAAGUUGAGCUUGAGCGAGUCUUCGACCGUGGUCGUCCAAACUGCUUCAGCUGGAAAGAACGGAGGAGGCGUGUACGUGUGCGGUUGCCUUUUAGGCUCUUCGAAAGUUGAGGAUUCAGAAGUCAUGGUCAUUACCACUCGUUCCUCCCUCAGCAUUCAGAAUGCUGUGGCCACACUAUCUGGGGGGGGGCUUGCCGCGUCCGGCACGGUCGUGGUUUCGGACAAAGCCCUGUUGGAAACUCGCGACAGCAGAGCCAUCAAAGGAGAUGGUGGAGGAUGCGGGUUGUCAAGCCUUCUAAUGACCGGUGACUCAUCCAUCAACAUCCAGAAUGCCACAGCUGGAUACACGGGAGGAGGCCUUCACGUUGGAGAACGGCUUCUUGUUGAUGCCUCCACCCUCAACGUCUCCGGGGCUUCUGCAGCACGAGCUGGUGGCGGAAUCUACGUAGCCAACGCCACUCUACGAGGCGACUUUGCUGCGAACCUGCGGAACGUUGCAGCGGGCCAUGAUGGAGGUGGCUUUUGGGCUCGCGACGCGCUGGUCUUGGACGGGACGAUGGUCAUCAGCAACGCUACUGCGAAUGGGACAGCUGUGGCUGGCAGGGCACAGGGUCAGGUGCGGCUCGAACCUGGCUCCCAGCUGCUGAUUCGGAAUGCAGCAGGUGACCCGGCUUCCAGCAUCCUGGCCGCAGGUUGCAUGCAGCUCAGCCCUGCAGCGGCCCUUCUCAUGGAAGCCGUCACGGGCGGCCAUGGCCUCGAUCUGCAGAAUGCCGACUGCUCCAUCUGCGCGAACCAGACCCUAGAGGUGGCGGAUGGCGCGUUCUUGAACGCCAGUGGCGAGUUGAGCUCGUUGAGCUCGGGCUUCCUGUCCAUGGCAACCUGCUUGCACGAGCGUGUCCGCCUGUCUGGAAUUCAUCUCCAGUCAUGGUCCAGCCCCUUGCUCAGCACUCGGGCUGACCAUGUAACGGUGGAAGACGUCCACAUCGACUACGCGCCACCACUGAGAGAAGUCCUCGUCCUGGCCACCGAAGUCGGUUUCACGGUGGAUUCCCUGGAGGCUUCGUGCCCAUCAUGCGCGCAGGGAGUUGCCUUCAACGCCAGCGCGAGCGAGCUGCGCGCACUGAGCACGCCAGGGCUGACCUGCCCCACUACGGCGGCGGUCGCGAAUGACACGGUCCUGCGAUGCACCUGCGCGAACUAUCAGACGACUCUCGAGCGCUUUGCUGACCAUCCCGUUGUUGCACUUCAAGAUAGCUUGCACACAUGCUCAUUCUGCCCACCGCACAUGCAGUUCUGGAACGGCACCUGUCGCAAGUGCGCGGUGUACAAUGCCUGGUCCGACGGCAGGUCUGAUGUGUGCCACUUGUGGCCUCAAGAUACCACCCAGUUUGCAGUGCUUCUUGGGGCCACAGCCAGCUGUGCGCUUUUGGCUUUCCUGUUUCUCCAGAUCCUCUACGCUCCCCUAGUGGUUGUCGAUGCAAAGUCGCAGCGAAUCCAGAGCAAGUUGCGCAGAGCCGGUGGCAAGGAUCCCGAUGAGAUGGACCGGUCCUUCGUCAUCUCGGUCCAGGGCCCGCUGGUGGAUCUUCCCAAGCGCUUGUCUCAGCUUCUGCACCGGCGGGUGAUCUAUCGGGCGCAGGGAACGGGCUUGGAAUGGCUGGACUACAACCUGGAGAAGGCCAAUGCAAUCAAGGUGUGUGGGGUGGAGCGCAGCAAGGUCGAAGUUCAAGGGGUGCGUGUGCCCUUCGACUGCGCUUCCACUGUGGGCUCGCUGCACGCCACCGAGAUCACUCCCCUUUUCUUGCUCCUCUGUGCAGCUUUGUUCCUCCUUGUCUUGCUGCCUGUGGCCAUACAAGUUGCAAUCAUGUCAGGCAACGGCCUGGCGCACGUUCUGGUCACUGCCGGAUACUGCGCCCUCCCAUCCCUCCUCGUGCUGGCGGUGUUGUACCCUUUGAUGGCAUGGAUCAUUCGGCAGCGCUAUCAACGAACGCCCUUCACCAAAGCUCUGGAGGAGUAUCGGCGCCAGAUCCAGCAUGAAGAGCAUCCGGGCCCGGAUGCGGCCCACCCCAAGAAUCAGGGUCUACUGGCCCUGACUUUGUGGGAGCUGUGGGGCCACUUCCAGAGCUUCAUCUUGCUGGACCGCAACAUGCACUUCGUGGUGGCCAACAUCGUCCGACCUCUCACGCGCAGCCAGCAGGUGUCCUUCGUGUCUCUGUGGGGCGGCCGAGAGGUGUCGUAUUUCGUCUCCCACUCUUGGGGGACCAGCUUUGCCCAUUUCGCCCGCUCCAUUCACUGCCACGCAUUGUCUGCAGAAGGGCAAUUGUGGAUGGGCGCAAGCUACUGGAUUUGCUCUUUCGCGAACAACCAGUGGGACAUCGAGGGUGAGCUGGGAAGCACCAUCAUGGAAAGUGCCUUCGCUCGGACCCUGCGAGGCGGCAUCAAGGGAGUCGCUAUGGUUUUGGAUCAUGAGGUGCAGCCGCUGACGCGAGUCUGGUGCCUGUUCGAGUUCCUACUCUCCAAGCAGCUUCAGUUGGAGCUCGUCUUCGCGACUGACGUCGGUGUCAUUGGAGACGACGGCUGCACCUCCUUUGACAUCGCCUUACAACUUGGCGAUAAGAUUGAGUUCUUGCAAGUCGCGAACUGCCACGCUUCGAGCGAAGAGGACAGGCCCCUCAACCCUGAACCUUAA